AUGGAGUUUUUCCUUCUCCCUUCCUCCUCCGCUACUUACACUGCUUCCGCCUUCGCUGUUCUUCUCUUCCUCUAUUUCCUGUUAUGGAUUUCCACAAGUUUCCGAAAGAAGUCCGUCAGCCAAAAAGUAGCAGCCCCCGAAGCCGCCGGAGCGUGGCCGGUGAUCGGCCACCUCCAUCUCCUCGGAGGAUCCCAACUCCCCCACAGGAAGCUGGGGAACAUGGCCGACAAGCACGGCCCAAUCUUCACGAUAAAGUUGGGCAUGCACCGGGCCCUGGUCGUGAGCAAUCCGGCGAUGGCCCGGGAGUGUCUGACCACUCACGACAAAGUCUUCGCCAGCCGCACCAGGGCAGUGGGCGUGGAGCACAUGGGCUACAACUACGCCAUGUUCGGGUUCGCCCCUUACGGCCCUUACUGGCGCCACGUGCGCAAGAUAGCCGUGACCCAUCUCCUCUCCAGCCACCGCCUCGAGACCCUCAAGCACAUCCCUGAAUCCCAAGUUAAGGAGGUCGUAAACGAUAUCUAUCGGAGAUGGUCCGGAGCCAGUGGCAGCGGAGGCGGUGGUUCAAAUGCAGCGCUGGUGGAGAUGAGCAAGUGGUUUGGGGAUAUAAAUCUGAAGGUGAUUCUUAGGAUGGUGAUAGGAGACCGAUGUUUGGAAGAUGGCAGCGCCGCCGACGAUCGGUUUCGGAGGGCGUUGAAGGAGUUUUUCCAGCUGAUGGGGUCAUUCGUGGUGGGAGAUGCUAUUCCGUUUCUGAGGUGGUUGGAUGUGGGGGGAUACGAGAGGGAAAUGAAAAGAACCGCGGCGGAAUUGGAUCGCGUGAUGGAGGAGUGGUUGGAGGAGCACAAGCGGAAGAGGCCGGUUUCGGCGGAAGACGGCGGCGACUUUAUGGAUGUGAUGCUGUCCGUCGUCGACAGCGGAGAUGUGCCGUCCGAUUAUGAUCCUGAUGUUUUCAUCAAAUCUACAUGCCUGGUUCUCGUGUUGGGGGGCGCCGACACCUCAACUGUGACGCUAGUAUGGGCUUUGUGCUUGCUCCUCAACAAUCCCCACACUCUAAAGAAGGCGCAACAAGAAUUGGACGACCAGGUUGGGAGACAGCAGCAGCUACAGGGAACUCAUAUCAAACACUUGGUAUACAUCCAAGCCAUCAUCAAGGAGACCCUGCGCCUCUACCCCGCUGCGCCUCUAGGUACACACGAAUCCAUAGAAGAUUGCACCAUCGGUGACCACCGUGUCCCCGCCGGCACACGCCUGGUGGUGAACUUGUGGAAGGUUCAUCGAGACCCGCAAGCAUGGCGCGAUCCAGAUGAAUUUCGACCAGAGAGAUUUUUGACAACCCAUCAAGAUGUGGAUGUGAGGGGGCAAAAUUUUGAGUUGAUCCCGUUCAGCAGCGGUAGAAGAAUGUGCCCUGGAGUUUCUUUUGCGCUUCAAGUUAUGCAUUUUACACUGGCCAAUUUGCUACAUGGGUUUGAGAUUGCAACUCUAGACGACAAACCAAUUCACAUGGGGGAGCGCUUUGGGCUAACCGUGGCUAAGGCAACGCCGCUGGAAGUCCUCCUCUCACCUCGCUUGCCUUCUCACCUAUAUAGCUUGGCUGGCUCCCAAAUUGAGUCUCUGCGGAUUAAUGGACAAAAGGGCAGUAGUAAACUUAGUGGGGGAGUUGAUGUUUUACAGAACAUGACAUUUUUUAAAGAGGUUUGGUUGCAUUUGAAUGCUUCUUUUGGUCUGUUACCGGAUUUUUCAGGGUUGAAUGAAUCGCAGAGGUUGAAUUUGAGGGAUAAUAUGCUUACUGGUCCUGUUCUAGCAUCUUUGAAUGUCAUGCAAAUGCAUCCGCUCUUGUUCCAUAUCACACAUAAAAUUACAGCUCUCUCAGGGUCGGGACGCAUCGCAUGUGCGCGGAAGCUGUUCGAGGAAUUGCCGCACAAAGACUCGGUUGCUUGGAACGCAAUGCUCACUGGCUACUCUCGCCUGGGUCUCCACCAACAAGCUCUCUCUUUGUUCCACUGUAUGCGAAUCUCCAACGUGAAGCCCGAUCACUUCUCAUGCACCGCCACUCUGAGUGCUUCUGCGGGUGCGCGCAAGUUUUCCUGCGGAAGGGAAAUUCACGCACGGGUCAUUGUUUCUAGAUGCCAAUCAUCACUGGCAGUGAGCAAUUCGCUUAUUGACAUGUACGGCAGGUGUUUGAGCCCUCCUAGUGCGAGCAGAGUGUUUGAGGAGAUGACCCAGUAUGUAGCGAGAUUCAUUAAGCUGUCCCAGUUCGCCCCAUAUCUGGUGCUAGAUAAGGAGAGGAAGGCAAGGAAGUUUGAGGAGGGCCUGAGGCAGAUUCUGUAUGAGCAAGUGGGUCCAGUUAAGGGCCGUGGAGGAGGUAUGAUAGCAGAGAGGAACGAUGAUAGGGAGGAGGAUAUCGAGCAGCACAAGGUAGACAGAUGCCCCCUCUUUGUCCCAGAUGUUUUAGGAGGCACCCAGAAGAGUGCCAAGCGAGGGAGGUUGUCUGUUAUCGGUGCCACCAGCCUAGGCAUAUGGUGA